AUGAUAAACAUUGGAGUGGAUCCUAGAAUGCUUUCCCUUGUUACUCAUCCGAGACCGCCUAGGCGAAUUACUAUUGAUGGAUAUCAAUAUCCACUUCUUCUUGACCGCGUCCAACCUGUAAUAAAAGUUGGCGAUCAGUUUCAUGCUAUCCGCUUCAGAUGUGAAAAGCUACACGCAAUGAUCGAUGACCGAACAUUCGCUAUAAAUGGGACUGGAUAUUCUCGGAUAUAUGUUGGGAGCCGCACACAUUUGGCUUGCCUUGGAGGGCCUGGUCACGAGCUAGUCAUCAAUGGAAAGCCUCACACUGUGCCUUUUGGUUCUCAUGUUACAUUCAUCAAUAUUAGUUACAAUUCUAUUGGCGUUCGUUUCGUAGGCGAGACCCCACAGAAUGUCGAUGUGUUGCCAGCCAUACCCCCUCGCUUGCUGAAGUGGGCAGCAGAAGGCUACUUUGGCUCACCUGCCCAUUUGUAUAAACCGCCUUUCAAUCCCUUGAAGGAGAUGCAUCGCAUAGCAGAUCAGCGCACACAGCAGCUUGAGACAAAUGGUGAAUGUGGGUCUUCUCCUUCUGAGCCAGUCGUGCAAUCCCAUCAGCAGAUGCAAUCCAACCAGGCUCACAUCCGUAUGCAACUCAACAAUAAUGAACUUGGUUCGGACAACUCUCAGCUCUUCCCGCUUCAAGAUGCUCCUCAAACUCAGAAGAUUGACAUCCAUUCUUUAUUCCAAAAGCUUGUCGAAGCAGGUAUUGUUUCUCGGCCUGAAGCUAAGGCUGAGCCUCCAAAAGAGCCGCCUCUGUUGACCGAGUAUUCUUGGGAGAAGUUCAGACUCCCAUUUGUACUUGAAGUCGAUAGUCUCUAUGGUGGUGAGCAAUGUGUGCACUGUGGCUUAAGGUUUGUCAAUGAACAUUCUAAGGAAUAUGCCAGUCAUUUGGAUUAUCACUAUGUCAAGAAAUCGACUGAGGCCGAGAACCAAGGUAGGAGUCGCAAUUUCUAUCAGCCAUAUCGUUAUUGGCUAAUGAGCGAAAUUACAAGGGAUGGCGGACCCCAACUAGAGAAUUGUUCACCUAUCGAUAAUAUUCCUGAGUGCAAAUGCAAGGCCUUCACGGAGCCCUCCCUAAAUUUGUGUUCGGUUUGUUUCGAAAAAUUUGAGGAAUUCUGGGAUCACGAAGAAGAGGAGUGGAUGUUGCGAAACGCUGUUAUGAUCGAUGGCAAGGCAUAUCAUCCAAUCUGUCAAGAAGAUGCCGGCAAACAAUUUGCAGCAACAUCACCGCCUCAUCGUGGGCAUUACGAGCUAAUUCCAUCAGCCUGUCUAAAGUAUUAG